UGGGGGAAGAACAUCAAGCGUCUGUACUCAGGCUCUGAAGCCGCUUCAUGUGAUGAGCUCACCACACCGGAUUUGUCGCCGCACAAGACCCGUUUCCAGAGGAGAUGUUCCACAAGGCAGAAGAGUUCCUGCCGCCAGUGGCGGACAGGGAAGGGGACGCCAUGGACACAUCGGACACGCAGUGGGGCUGGUUCUACCUGGCCGAGUGCGGGAAGUGGCACAUGAUCCAGCCGGAUGCCAGCAUUCAAUGUUCCGUUAGCAGUGAAGACAUCGAGAAAAGCUUCCGAACGAACCCUUGUGGCUCCAUUUCUUUUACUACCUCCAAGUUCAGCUACAAGAUCGAUUUCGCAGAAAUGAAGCAGACGAAUCUCAGCACGGGCAAGCAGCGCCUGGUCAAAAGGGCCCCCUUCUCCAUCAGUGCGUUCAGCUACGUCUGUGAGAACGAGGCCAUCCCCGUCCCCUCUCACUGGGAGUGUGUGCACACGGACGUCCCCUACCAGCUCAUCCCUCUGCACACGCAGACGCAUGAGUACAACGAGGUGGCCGCGCUCUUCGGGAAGACCAUGGACCGAAACCGGAUCCGGAGAAUACAGAGAAUUCAGAACCUAGACUUGUGGGAGUUCUUCUGCAGGAAGAAGUCCCAGCUGAAGAAGAAGAGAGGCAUCCCGCAGAUCAACGAGCAGAUGCUCUUCCACGGCACCAGCAGCGAGUUCGUGGAGGCGAUUUGCAUCCACAACUUCGACUGGCGGAUAAACGGCAUGCACGGCGCUCUCUUGGGAAAAGGCACCUAUUUUGCGAGAGACGCGUCCUACUCGAGCCGCUUCUGCAAGGAUGACCUGCGCCACGGCGACACGCUGCAGAUCCACGGCGUGGGCCCGCGCCCGCGCCCCGCGCCCCGCGCCUGCAGGUCCAUGUUCCUGGCCCGCGUGCUCAUCGGCGACUACAUCAGCGGCGACCCCAAGUACAUGCGCCCCCCAUCCAAGGACGGCAGCUACGUGAACCUGUACGACAGCUGCGUGGACGACACGUGGAGUCCCCGCAUCUUCGUGGUCUUCGACGCCAACCAGAUCUACCCCGAGUACCUCAUAGACUUCCUCUGAGCUCCGCGCGCACGCGGCUCCCACCGUGGCGGCCGCCAUAUAAAACUCGUACUGACCACGAGGCUGGUGAUGCUGUGGUUGUUUAGGGUUCGGUGGUGUUUGGUGAUCCA